ACAAAAGGAUGUGUUAAAAAUAUAAUGAUAGAAGAACCCUUGCUCACACAAUGACUUCUUUUUAAAGUCAUUCAUUUUUUAUGAUAUUGUGAUUGCAUGAAUACAUAAGAGGAGCAUUUACUUAACGUCUUAGCCUAGUAGUUAUUUAUAUUGUAAUAUGUAGUUUGUUGAUCUAUUCUAUUUUGGUUUGUUCUUCUCUUUCUCUGCAGGUUCCUUAAUCUCAUCUUAUCCCUCAUCUUAAUACUUAUUAGCAGCAUCUUAUUUAAAAAAGGCACUUUUAAGAGCCACAUUUGUCUUGUUUAUUGUCUUAUUUGUAUUGUUUAUUGUCUUGUUAUUUGUCUCUCUCUCUCUCUCUCUCUUUCUCUCUCUCUCUCUCUCUCGCUCUCUCUUUCUUUCUUUCUUUUUCUCCACCCCCGAGAGACAGGACCUGGGUUGCUGCCUCUUCUUCACUCCCUGCAAUCCACUCAAAGUGUAAAGAAUGACGAAGCCAAAAUUCAGGCCCUGCCCAAGCUGCCAGGUCCAUCAGCAGGCCAACCGCAAAACGUGCAGUGUUUGUUUCGCCACGCUGCCGAGCAAGCGAAAAUUACAAACUGCACACAUUAAUGUUGACUGGGGCCAGAGGGUCAUCAAAAACAAAAAUGCAUCGCGGGUGGUGGCCUCUGCCCAAAUAGCUGUCCAAAAACUUUCUGCCUUGGGCUAUAUGCCCAUAUUGUUCAUUAGCCAGAGGCACAAGGGCACAGGCAAGUUGGUGGCAGACGUAGUCACGCAUCUGCCACCAACGCAAGCCAACACAGGUUUUUUAACAAGUAUGAAGAAGGCAUAUAACUUCAUUAUCAAAGUGUAUGAUGUGCCCCAGCCACAACGAGACCAGCACCUUACCCGAGACCAGCCCCAGCCACAACAAGACCAGCACCUUACCCUAGACCAGCCCCAGCCACAACAAGACCAGCACCUUGCCCUAGACCAGCACCUUACCCUAGACCAGCCCCAAGACCAGCACCUUACCCUAGACCAGCCCCAGCCACAACAAGACCAGCACCUUGCCCUAGACCAGCACCUUACCCUAGACCAGCCCCAAGACCAGCACCUUACCCUAGACCAGCCCCAGCCACAACAAGACCAGCACCUUGCCCUAGACCAGCACCUUACCCUAGACCAGCCCCAAGACCAGCACCUUACCCUAGACCAGCCCCAGCCACAACAAGACCAGCACCUUGCCCUAGACCAGCACCUUACCCUAGACCAGCCCAUGGGCGUCGCUAGGCCAUUUUUAGGGGGGCUUUAG